AUGGACAAAAGUUGUAGUUUCUUACUUCCUGAACUUAUUGAGUGUAAAAAUAUUCCAAACAACCGGGAAGAAAUCCCCUUACCAGACAUAGCCAACCGAUUCUCACAUCUACGAGAUAUCACUUCAUGCAUACCAGAAUUACGACAAGAUGCCGAUAUCGAGCUUCUUAUAGGAAGAUAUCUUAUUGAAGCCCAUCAUGUUAUGGAUCAUAGAAUUGGAUCGAAGGGAUCUCCCUAUGCGCAGAAGCUGCCAUUAGGGUGGGUCAUCAUAGCAUUGGUGAAUAAUAGAGAUCAAGCCCUAAGGAGAGCCAGAUCAUUUGACUCGAACCUUAGACGAGACACAGUGAAACGUCAGCACACCCUAGAUUUCAUGCAGAAGAUGAUUGACAAUAAUCACGCUGAAAUUGCACCCACCAUAGAAAGGGGACGUGAAUGUUGGUAUAUACCAAUCUUUGGUGUGUAUCACAAGAAGAAACCAGACAGCGUGAGGAUUGUCUUUGAUUCAUCAGCUAGAUACAACAAUCAGACACUCAAUGAUGUCUUGAUGAAAGGUCCCGACCUUACCAAUAGUCUACUUGGAGUCCUGUUGCGAUUUCGACGAGAAUCUGUAGCAGUGACUGCAGAUAUACAACAGAUGUUCUACAACUUUAAGGUUGCAGAAGAACACGGAGAUUACCUGCGCUUUCUUUGGCAUCAGGACAAUAAGAUUGAUAAACCGCUCAUAGACUACAGGAUGACAGUUCACGUUUUUGGGAACACGGCAUCCCCAGCUGUGGCCACCUAUGGCCUAAGAAAGUGUGUAGAAAACGCGGAUCAAGACGUGAAGGAUUUUGUCAACCACAAUUUUUACGUGGACGACGGACUCGUAUCUUGUGAAAAUCCAGAAAAGGCCACAAGCCUGAUCAAAAGGACUGAAAGUGCACUACCGAAUGGCGGACAUUUACGUCUUCACAAAGUGGCAUCAAACAGUACUACAGUGUUAGAACAAUUUGAUGUAGAAGACCUGGCCAAGGACCUGAAAGACUUGAAUUUGAGCUCCGAUGAUCUUCCUAUCCAAAGAAGCUUAAGACUUUGGAACAUUAGUUCGGACUUGAUAACCUUCCAAGUAACAUCAGAAACAAAACCUUUCUCGCUAGUGUUAUCCACCAUAAACAGUGUGUUUGAUCCGUUUGGAUUUGCAGUUCCGGUUGUGAUUCGCGGGAAACUUCUCCUUAGAGAAAUGCUGUCUUCAUCAAAGAUCAUUAACUGGGACGAAACCUUACCCGAGUCAUUUGGAUCACCUUGGAAAUCUUGGGGUGUACAGAAUAAAAGUUCGAGCAACCCAGAUCAGUGGCACUAUGUCCCCACAAACCAGAACCCCGCUGAUCUUGCAACUAGAAGACUGGAACCAUUCAUGCUUCGGGACAGUCCGUGGCUCAAAGGGCCAUCAUUCCUUUCUGACGAAGGUCAAUCACUUAAGCAAGACUUCAACCUAAUUCAACCUGACAGUGACCAAGAAAUAAGACCAGAGGUGCAAAACCUAAACGUCAUGACUGCACCUACAACUGGACUAGACACAGAACGAUUUGCUCGUUUCACAGAUUGGAGAACUCUUUUGACAGCCAUCCGUCUUAUUAAACAAAUACUAAGAAAUAUGUGCAGCAAAACAUCGAGUGACAGGAACCAGUGUAGCCCCUUUGUUUCUAAUGAUGAAGCUGAACGAGUCAUCCUUCGAGAAGUACAAAGGGAGGCUUAUGGAAUUGAGAUAUCACUUAUUCAAGAUGGGAAUCCACUUCCGAGGCACAGCACUCUACUUCCUCUGCAUCCGGUUCUAGAUCAUAACGGAAUCUUGAGAGUAGGAGGACGCUUGAAAUUUCCCAGCUCCUAA